AUGGCUCAAGCAGAAAUGGUGACAGUGCGCAUGUCGCGCGGCCAAAUGAGCACACCAUGGGGCUUCGAUAUUGGACCUGAUCUCGCCAUAAUUAAUGUAAUCGGAGGCUCGCUAGCUGAUCGUGCUGGGUUACUAAAUGGUGAUAUUUUAGUAGAACUCGAAGGUCACCAAGCUUUAAAUAUCGAAUUAGCAAAACAAUUGUUAUCAAAAACGGAACACAGAGUGGAAUUGAUUGUGCAUAGGACGGGAGGCAGUACAAUACAUCGAAUUUGGCAACCGUCGGUAACUGAAAAUACAGAAUAUAAUAAAUUUCAACAUUCUGUAUUCAAUGUUGCUCCGACCGAUACUCAAAAAAUGGAGCCUCCGAUUGUUCCUUUGAAAGUGUCGUUGGAACACCAGAAUCCAGUAAUUUUCGUUUCACUUAAAUCAAAAUUAGCAAAUCUUAACCAAACUAAUACGUUUCUUUUUCCGCUAUUCUCACCUUUGAGUAAGAACCAUGAGAAAUGA